AUGAACCGCAGGUACAUCGCGUCGCUCGAGCCACACCUCGGCGACUACCUCAUCGUCUGGGACUCCGCGUGCGGCUCCGACUGUCGCGAAGACAACUUCCCGGCGCCUCACCUCGGCGACGGCACCAUCUCCAUCAACUACGCGAAGCCCAGCGCUUGGGUGAAGGAGCAGGAGCCCCCCGUGCCGUCCGCGCGGCCUUUGCUCUACACGCCGCCCAAGGAGAACGCGGUCAUCACCGUGCGAGAUCCCUACCUCGGGCUCAGCCACGGCAGGACGUCCACGACGGUCAAGCCGGCCGCGUUCUCCGUCCGCCGCCGGUCGCUGCCGCUGUCGGACACGAGCUCGGGAUGGUCUGGCGAUAGCGACACGCUCGUCGAGUAUGCACUUAAGGCCACGUCGCGCGAUAACCACUGGCCGAACGGGUCGUGCUUCUGGCGAUUUGACUGGAAGAGACGUGCCCCAACCCUCGGCUACCGUACGGAAGGAAUGGACAUGACGACGGAGGAAGGGCACGCGCUGUCGUUCACGGACGCCGUCGACGACCAUGGGUUCCCGUUUGCUAUCAUUGAGCUUCGUGGGACGGAGGAUGUGGGCUGCAUCGUCGUGCUGGCCAAGAAGCAGACCUCGACGCACGCACGGAAGUAUCUCUCACUCACCGAGAAGAUGAGGUUAGGGAUGCACGAUGUGCGAUGCCGUGGGAAGGGCGACUUCGAAGACAACCUGCGCGAGUCACUUAGGAGGGCCUCCAAGGAGUACGUUCCAAGGAAGCCGUUUGGACCCGUUUCGGUAUGA